UCCUCUAGGAAACUACCCUGAAAAUGAGUUGGCAUAACGCACUGUGCUAACCAGCUCAGCAAAUGCAAAAUUGAAUAUCUUCAAAACCUAUCUAAGUGCUGCUGGUCUGUGUAGAGUAAGCGAGAAAGAGGCACUGCCUUCUGAAAUGAGUAUCUCUGGGGAAAGAGAAGAGGAGUUCCCUGCCUCUAAAAUGAGUCCCCCUGGGGAAAGAGAAGAGGGGUUCCCUGCCUCUAAAAUGAGUCUCUCUUGUGACCAUGACAUCACGGCUAAGAGUGGACGGUCAUCUCUGACAGUGGAUCAGUCCAGGUGUUCAGUGUGUGAGCUGAUUCUGAGGGAUCCAGUCUCUAUUAACUGUGGACACUGGUUCUGCAGACAGUGUAUCACCAGAUACUGGGAGCAGCCUGAUUCUUCAGGAGAAUAUGUCUGUCCUCAGUGUAGAAAGAGAUCCAGAACAAGACCUGUACUACAGCAGCUGAGUGAACCCAGUGAGGAUGACAGAGGCUCUGAAAACAAGCUCUACAUCACAGAGGGAGAAAGUGAAGGGGUUAAUGAACAUGAGCUGUGGCAGCUAGAGACAGCAUCCAGAACGCCAACCUCACACGACACAGCAAUCCACUGCAAUGACAUCUUCAAACCCUUACCUGGCCAAGAGAAACCCAUCAGAACUGUGCUUACAAAGGGCAUCGCUGGCAUUGGAAAAACUGUCUCUGUGCAGAAAUUCAUUGUUGACUGGGCUGAAGGCAAGGCAAACCAAGAUGUGGAUGUCAUAUUUGUGCUUCCUUUCAGGGAGCUAAACUUGAUCAGAGAUCAACAGUACAGUUUGCUCAGACUUCUGAGUGACUUCAACACAGAUCUAGACAAACACAGCGUGAAUAAACUUGUUGCCUGUAAAUCAAUGUUUAUCUUUGAUGGUCUGGAUGAAAGCAGACUUCCAGUGGAUUUUCACUGUAACAAAGUCAUAUCUGAUGUAACACAGACAUCAUCUGUAGAUGUUCUGAUGACAAACCUCAUCAAGGGAAAUCUGCUUCCUUCUGCUCUCCUCUGGAUAACUACCAGACCUGCAGCAGCCAAUCAGAUCCCUCCAGGGUGUGUUGACCUGGUGACAGAGGUGAGAGGGUUUUAUGACCCACAGAAAGAGGAGUACUUCAGGAAGAGAUUCAGUGAUGAGGACCUGGCCAGCAGAAUCAUCUCACACAUAAAGACAUCAAGGAGCCUCCACAUCAUGUGUCACAUACCAGUCUUCUGUUGGAUUUUGGCCAUAGUCCUUGAGCACAUGUUGACUACAGAUAAGAGAGGAGAGAUGCCCAAGACUCUGACUGAGAUGUUCACACACUUCCUGUUCAUUCAGACCAGCCACAAGAACCAGAAGUAUCAUGGAAGAGAUGAAAUGGAAGCAGAGCUGAUGGAGUCAGAUAAGGAUGUUCUUCUCAAGCUGGGGAAGCUGGCGUUUGAACAGCUGGAGAAGGGCAAUCUCAUCUUCUAUGAAGAAGACCUGAAAGAGUGUGGCAUCAAUGUACGAGAGGCAUCAGUAUACUCAGGAGUGUGCACAGAAAUCUUCAAAGAAGAGUCAGUGUUAUUUCAGAGAGUGGUGUACUGCUUUGUGCAUCUGAGCAUUCAGGAGUUCCUCUCAGCUGUCUACAUGUACCAUUGUUACACAACCCAGAACAUGGAUGCACUGAAACCCUUCCUUAAGAGAAAGACUAAAGCUUCAUCUAAAGAUCUAACCUUACAUGAGCUGCUGAAGAGUACUGUGGAUAAAGCCUUGGAGAGCAAGAAUGGACAUCUGGAUCUUUUUGUCCGCUUCCUUCAUGGCCUCUCAGUGGUGUCUAAUCAGAAACUCCUACGAGGUCUGGUGACACAGACAGAAAGAAGUCCAGAGAGCUUCAAGAAAACUGUUAGAUCCCUUAAGGGAGUGCAAAAGAAGAACAUCUCCCAUGGGAGGUGGAUCAAUCUCUUCCACUGUCUGAUAGAGAUGAAAGACCAUUCAGUACAGGAGGAAAUCCAAAAAUACUUGCAGUCAGCAAAACGUUACAAAAACCUCACACUUGCUCAUUGUUCCGCCCUGGCCUUCAUGCUGCAGAUAUCAGAGGACGUUCUGGAUGUGUUUGAUUUGAAGAAGUACAAGACAUCACAGGAGGGUCGUUGGAGACUCCUCCCAGCUGUCAGAGGCUGCAGAAAGGCUCUACUCGCUGGCUGUAAACUCACAACAGGAGUGUGUGAAAUUAUCUCAUCAGCUCUCAGCUCAAACCCCUCCCACCUGACAGAGAUGGAUUUGAGUGACAAUUUACUGAAGAAUUCAGGAGUGAAGAUGCUCUCUACUGGACUGGGGCAUCCACACUGUAAACUGGAGACUCUGAGGCUGUCAGGCUGUCUGGUCACAAAGGAAGGCUGUUCUUCUCUGGUCUCAGCUCUGAAGUCAAACCCCUCACACCUGAAAGAACUGGAUCUGAGCUACAAUCACCCAGGAGACUCAGGAGUCAAACUGCUCUCUGCUGGACUGGAGGAUCCACACUGGAGACUGGAGAAACUCAAUAUGGAUCAUGGUGGAGAGUGGAGGUUAAAAUCAGGACUGAAGAAAUAUGUCUGUGAUCUCACACUGGACCCAAACACAGUAAACAGAAACCUCUCUCUGUCUGAGGAGAACAGAAAGGUGACAUGGAGGGAAGAGGAGCAGCUGUAUCCUGAUCACCCAGAGAGAUUUAAGGACUGGCCACAGGUGUUGUGUAGAGAGGGUCUGUCUGGACGCUGUUACUGGGAGGUAGAGUGGAGUGGGAGAGGGGCUGGGAUCGGAGUGACAUAUAAAGAAAUCAACAGGAGAGGAGGGGAUAAUGACUGUGGUCUUGGAUACAAUGACAAGUCCUGGGGUCUGUUCGGUGCUGGUAACAAUUUCUCUGUCUGUCACAAUAAAAAUACAACUUUCAUACCUGUCACCUCCUCAGACUCCAACAGAGUAGGAGUGUAUCUGGACUGUCUAGCCGGCACUCUGUCCUUCUACAGGGUCUCCUCUGACACACUGACCCACCUGUACACAUUCAACACCACAUUCACUGAGCCCCUCUAUCCAGGGUUUUAUGUUUAUAUUAACUCCUCAGUGUCUCUGUGUCAGAUGGUCUCCGUGUCAAACACAUGAUGUUUCACUUUAAUCAUGGUCAUAUUCAGUAGGACAUAGUUGUACAUAGUCUUGAAUAAACACCAUUGAAGAUGUAACCUGUAAUUUAGAGUCAUUACUCAGUAGUAUGAAUCACCACACUGGCUUUAAUUGUUGACAAAACAGUCCUGCUUCUGUAAAUUCAUUACAAUGAAUGUCCCAGAUUUGACAGAAUAAACAAGUUUUUAAACAG